AUGUCUGGUGAAAUGCCCUCUCCAGAAUACGAAAUCCCCUCCCACUGUAAGGCAGGUGUGGUCGUCAAUGAAGGUCCGAAUUUUGAGGUCAGAGUCGAGAUGGUGCCGGUCCCGGAGCCAGGACCCGAUGACAUACUAAUCCGCCUAAAUAUCACCGGUAUCUGCUCCUCAGACCUCCAUAUGAUGCAAGGCGACCUAGGAACUCCACCGAUGUCAACGUUUGGCGUUCGCUCCCCGGGUCACGAAGGUGCUGGGAUCGUGGUGAAAGUUGGCGCAAAUGUGAAGAACUUCAAGCUAGGCGAUCGGGCGGGCAUCAAACCACUCCUCGAUACGUGCGGUGCGUGUGAAUUGUGCUGGGGAGAUAAGGAGACAUAUUGCCGGACCGCUAUCCACGCUGGCUUGAUGGCACCUGGGACCUAUCAACAAUAUAUUGUUUCUCCCGCCCGAUACGCAUCGCCCAUCCCCGAUGGCAUUCCUGAUGAGAUUGCAGCCCCUAUUAUGUGCAGCGCAUCCACCAUCUAUCGCUCUCUGACGGAAUCCGGGCUAAAGCCGGGACACUGGGCUGUAUUUCCUGGCGGCGGCGGUGGGGUUGGUAUUCAGGGCGUGCAGCUCGCGAAGGCGAUGGGUAUGCGUCCAGUUGUCGUAGACGCAGGGGAAUCAAAGCGAGCAUUGGCUUUGGAGAUGGGCGCAGAAGUCUUCGUCGAUUUCAUGGAAACGUCCGAUCCUGCCGCAGCUGUGAUUAAAGCAACAGAUGGUGUAGGGGCCCACGGAGUAUUCGUCACAGCUCCUGCGGCCUACCGAACAGCGUUAUCAUAUGUCGGUAAUCGCAUUGGAGCGGUGGUCAUGUGUAUCGGACUGGGUCCAACUGGCGCGAUGAAUAUCGGGGGAGAUCCCAAUGCCUUCAUCUUCAAGAACCUAACAGUCAAAGGGACCUUGGUGGGCAGUCGACAGGAUACGGUGGCGGCGUUGGACUUUGCUCGGCGGGGGAAGCUUCAACAAAUUUGCGAAGUCUAUCCGAUUGACCGGUUGCCUGAAGCAGUAGAGAAGCUGCGAAUGGGACAGGCCACAGGACGAAUGGCGGUUGACUUCAACAAGUAA